UAAACAGAUUGUGAGAAACAUCACAGAGACGACAACGAUGGUGUAUCGAGCAGACGAAAUAUUUUGCUGUGCGAUGUUUUGUCCGAAAGACGAGAAAAUACUGUUUGUUUUGUUCAAUUCGACGGAUUUUUGACGAAAAAUAGUGCGCGGAGGAAUAGCCGUGUCACGGUGGUCCUCUUUGAUGAACGUUCUUCACAUUUAUUUUGCUGUCAGUAGUAAUGUGAUGUGGUAUAGAGUAGAGGUUUAUUUUCCAACGACAAAACAAUUCGAAAUAUCAGUGACAACCUCGGAUUGUUAUCAAUCUACAUCGAAUGCACUUAACACGGAGUGAGAUGCUUGAAAAUGAUAACUAGCUCUAAUCGUGGGGCUCGCGCUAUCUUAAUGUCGUCUGCAAUGUAAACAAUACGCCACAGUGUCAUAUCGGAGUAAAAUAUUAUAGUGACUUAAUAGUGCAACAGUGGAUAUAAUGUGAACCAAAAAACAUACACACCUUUGAUACAUGAGAUAGGUGAUAUUAAACGAUUUGUUUGCUGGGUCUAAAAAAUUUGGAAAAUGGGUCGGUUAUCUGUGCUCCUGGUAUCCGUACUGGUGCUCGAACUCGCCCACUCGUUUACGCCCCACGACCACUACCACUACAACAGGUGCACGCCGAUCGAGAUUCCGAUGUGUCUCAAAAUGCGCUACAACAUGACGCGAAUGCCAAACAUAGUUGGCAACCAGAACCAAAAAGACGCCGCCAUGCAGGUGCACGAGUUCUUACCGCUCGUGCAGGUGGGCUGCUCGAAGUUCCUGAAGUUCUUCUUGUGCUCGCUGUUCGCGCCGAUGUGCACGGAUAUGGCGCAGACGGGCGACGAGAGCGAGACCAUGGUGGUGCCGGCUUGCCGUUCAAUGUGCCUGGAGGUUAAGAGCAAGUGCGAACCAGUGCUCCUCAACCUCAAGUUCAAAUGGCCCGAGCCGCUAGACUGCGAGAAGCUUCCGGAAAAGAGCGAUCCGAAGACCGGCGUUCUGUGCAUGGAGGCACCGAGCGACGCUGCGGACACGGAGGAUUUGGGAAUCAUCGGCAAGCAGGACAGCCGCUACAGCGACGAGGAGAUAUACAAGUACCUGAACAUGAAUAACGAGCGCAAGACAACGAGACCCGCUCCGCCAGAGGUCUGUCCCGACAGGUUCGUGUAUGUCGAAAAGAUACAGAAACGAAACAAUUCGUGUGCUCCCAGGUGUAAUAUGGACGUGUAUUUUAAACACGAAGACAAAAACUUCGCCGAGAUCUGGACAAUAGCUUGGGCCGCGAUAUGCUGCCUAUCGACUUUAUGUACCGCUCUCACGUUUCUCAUAGACACAAGGCGCUUCAAAUACCCAGAGCGUCCCAUUAUAUUUCUGUCAAUGUGCUACGCGGUGUACUCAAUAGCGUUUGUGAUCCGUGCCGUCAUGGGUCCGCGGAAGAUCUCGUGUGAUCAGAGACGCGAUGGUGCGGAGUAUCUCAUUCAGGAAGGCCUCGAGUCCACCUGGUGCAUCGUCGUGUUCCUGAUACUCUACUUCUUCGGCAUGGCCAGCUCCCUCUGGUGGGUGAUCCUGACGAUUACGUGGUUCCUGGCAUCGGCCCGGAAGUGGGGCCAAGAAGCCAUCGAGGCGCUCAGUAGUUACUUUCAUUUGGCAGCAUGGGCAAUUCCGGCAAUAAAAACCAUAGCGGUUUUGACAAUACGACGGGUAGACGGGGACGAACUUACGGGUCUUUGUUACGUCGGCAAUCAGGAUAAGGAAGCCCUCACGGGGUUUGUGUUAGUGCCACUCAUUGUGUAUUUAUUAAUCGGUUCAUUUUUCUUGCUUUCUGGCUUCGUCGCUUUGUUUCGUAUUAGAAACAAUUUACGCCAUGAAGGCACAAAUAUUCGAAAACUCGAGAAAUUAAUGGCAAAAAUAGGUAUAUUUUCCGUGUUAUACACUGUGCCGUCGACGUGCGUUAUAGGUUGCCUGUUUUACGAGCAUAUGAACAUGGAGGACUGGAAUAAAAUCGCAAUGGCCAAACCGUGCCAGACCAACAGUAAUGGUGUGAAAAAUUGCCAUUUGGAACGCUCCAUCCCCUCCGUGGAGGUGUUUAUGUUGAAAUAUUUCAUGUGGCUUAUAAUUGGAAUAACCAGCGGACUCUGGAUUUGGAGUUACAAAACUUUGGUCUCGUGGCAGAAGUUUUGCACCAGUCGUUUUACAAGACGGAAGUCGAAUCUGGGCCCUCACGGUCAGGUCGGGUACCACCAGGCGCCGGUGAUGGUAAUAAACCGGGGACCAAAAAACGCGCCAAUGGCUUCCUCAUCUCUUACGAGUGGUUCUCGACACUAAGUCAUUUUUAUUAUAUAUAUUUUAUAAAAAAUGGUCCCCGGCAUACAGUCAUUAUUAUUAUUAUCAUGAAACACUGUCAUUUUGUUUUCCUUCAUUUUUUUGGCAUUUAUUCGUUGUUUAAUGAACAAUGGUUGCCUACAUAAGAUACUGAAAUUAUUUCCGAAUUUAAGUAACUUUCUAAUUCAAUAUUUUCAAAGGUUAUAUUCAUUUUUACCAAUGUUUGCCAAUAUUUAAUCGCGGAAUAACUUUCCUUGAACUUCUUCAGAAACCAUAUUUGAAAUGAUGGCAUUAUACGUUUUUAAUAUCUUCCUAUAUCUGAUUAAUGGCCAUCUUUAUUUACAUUUGAUUUCUAUUUUGCUUAUGGACACGUUUCCUUAAUAAAUUUAUGCAUAAAGGUUUGUUAUGUUAAAUAUAAAACAUUUAAUCGUUAUUCGUCACUUUCAAUGUCAGAAAAGUACAUUUGCUUUCCAUACCGAAUAUGCUAUGCAGAAUGUAAGUAUGCGAGAGAACAUCGCCACUAUCAUAAGAGUUUCUCUUGUUAAAAAUGUCUCCAGGAUAUUACUCGCGCAGCGUGUCUGUAAGAUUUAUCUUAAGAUGAUGUAUGAAACAAACAUAACAUGAUUUUUUAGUUCAUUUAAAUGAUUUAAAACAAUACUUAUUCUUAAAAAAAAGACAAAUGUUAACCCAUGUAUGCCUAGCGUCACGGUCUAGAAAAAAGGCCUGGGCAAACAGCAUAGACUUAGAUGAGACGCCGCAUGAUGCGGCGUCUCAUCAGGGUCUACGCUGUUUGCUUAGAGGAAUUUCUGUAAGAAAUAUUCUAAAUAAAGAAAUAAAUUUACUAGACAUCCCUAAUUUUGGAAAUAAAUUGAUCCAAUUUAGAAGGAUGGGAGAGUCCACUAGGCAUAAAUGGGUUAAAGCCUAAUCUAAUAUGAAACCUUCUUGUGCAAUUAUUAUAAACAUUACGCACACGAAAAACGACUCGAUUAUAUAAUGCAAAGAUCGAAAACUGGAAAUUUAUUUUUGGGUGGAUUUGAUCUACCAAUUGGGCUUCUAUGUUAACCCAUUUAUGCAUAGCGUCUAGAAAAAAGGCCUUGGCAAACAGCGUAGACCCAGAUUAGACGCCGCAUGAUGCGGCGUCUCAUCAGGGUCUGCGCUGUUUGCUUAAAAGAAUUUCUGUAAGAAAUAUUAUAAAUAUAGAAAUAAAUAUACUAGACAUCCCUAAUUUUGGAAAAAAAAGAUCCAAUUUAGAAGCAUGGGAGAGUCCACUAGGCAUAAAUGGGUUAAAUAGCCCAGACUAUCUGUUUCCGAUUAUUUUUCGCUAACUUCUAUCUCAUAUCAACCACGCCGCUUCAAAGGCGUUAACAAUAAUGGCUAAAUUAUGUCUGUCGGUGUGCCAAGAUUGCAAUAGGGUCUUUGUGGAUUUAAUUUAAGCCUAUAUACGUUGUUGAUAUCGUGGUAGUUUGUCUUUGAUAAUUACACCCAACCCGUAUCAGAUCAUUGCCGUACUUAAAUGAAAUUAGAUAUCUAUACGGUCUUUUUUAGUUUACAAAAUACAAUAAUGAAAGCACAAUUUAGAGUUUCAUUCGAUUGGUGAAUUUGUAUUGACUACUAAAAUGUCGAAGAACUAUUUUUGUGGUUUGCCUUUUGUUCAAUUCCGCAAGCAUAUUACAUUAUAUUGCCAUUAUUGUAUAAGUAACACUACUUUUUGGCUGAAGUCAUCAAUACUAAACGUAACGUUCUCAUUAAUUUGGUUUAUUUAUUGUCAUUCAUUCAGAAUAUCUGAGAAUUUUUAAAUUCAAAUGGGCGUGUUAGCUGUGUUCUUUUUAAUUUCAUUAACCUAUUUGCCAAUUAAUUCAGAUUUCACAAAAUAAGAUGAUCAUGUGUUUAAGAACGCUAUCAUAUAAAAAACUGAUUUAUAGAAAAUGUAUUCAUUCAAUUAUUGUAUUUUUAUCUAUUGAUUUCCUAUUCGAACAUAUAAGUUCGCUAUAUACGUGGUAUUUAGCUAUUAGUUACAGGCAUGUUUGUUCUUACUCUAAAUACCCUUUCUAAAAUUUUAUUAUUGUUUGAGGACGACACAUAAGAAUAAACAUUUAUAAAUAAAACAUUUAUAAAUACCGUUUUUAUCCAGUUGUCUCUGCUUAUAUGAGCCUUGUUCUGAAAAAACUGUGCUAAAUGAAUGUGCGUAAAGUGUCAUCCCAUAUUAGCCUGUGCAGUCCGCACAGGCUAAUCAGGGACGACACUUUCCGCCUAAACUUGAUUUUCGGUAAGGAAGGACUUCCUUGAAACUAAAAAUACCAUAAAAGCGGAAAGUGUCGACUGCACAGGCUAAUCUGGGACGACACUUUAAGCAUAUGCAUUAAGCCCAAUUUUCUCGGAACGCGGCUCAAUUAUGGUUCAAUUAAAUUCUUCUUUUGAAUGUUAUUGUGCUGGCAAUCACACUUUAUUUCACGUGUCAAACCAUAUUGUUCGAAACUUACGACCUUUUAGUACUUGAUUUUAAGUGUACAAUCUUGUUAUGGUUUUAAACGGAAUAUUUUUGCUAUGUUCAAUCAACGUUUUUUUGCGUAAGGAAUUUUUAUUUGAAUUUUUUCAUAUGUAAAUCCGCCCUAUUAAUUCAUACGAACAUAAUAUUGCUGUUAAAUGCAUUUGUUUCAUGUCUGAGUAAAUAGUUUGUAUUUCCAUUAAUUGGUUAUUGCUUAUCUGUUAAAAUGUUGUUACAUGUAUGCAUUCAACUGUAUCCCAUAUUUGUACAAACGCCGAUAGUCAUUAUCUUUUCCAUUUAAGGACAACACAACUUCGUUCGCUGUUUCCUUGAAUAAUUUUGAGAUUAUUGUUGCCUGUGUAAUUUGAAAUAUACGAGGGCAGUUGAAUGUCGACAUGCUUUUAAGCUGAUAUUAUUGUUAUUAUUUGCAGAAAUCGUGCAUUAAAUUUAUCAUAAAGUAA